AAAUAUUUCGUCACGUCGUUUAUGAACAAUUGCGCGUAAAAUUUUCUUCAAACGAAAAUUUUUUUUUUGUCAAAUGGUUUUUUUGUUUUCGAAAAAAUUGACAGACGAAUAUUGAUUGAUUGAAUAAACAAAAAUGAGUAAAGAAAUCGACGAACAACGCAGUAUCAGCCGAUUGGAAAAGCUUAAUUAUCAAACUUUGGAAAGUCAUGUUCCAUUGCUUUCAAGCGAAAAAAAAUAUUUUGAAUCUUUGAAGAAAAUUCAAGAUAAUUUUGAAAAUAAACGCGAACUAUUAUUAAAUUCAUGUCCCAAAUUGAAUGAAAAUCUGAAACCUUCUGGCGAACAGCGGAGAGAAAAUAUUCAUGUUUGCGAUGAUCUAUUGAAUGAUUUGACACAAUUUCAGCAAUUUCAAAAAAUGUUGAAAAAAAUCUACUAAAAAGCAUCGCAUGAAUAUUCAUAAGCCGAAUUAUCGUUUUUCAAGUAUUUGUAAAUUGCACCUACAAUUUUUUCGUUGCGUUUUAUUUAAAUCAUUCAUUUAUACAAAAAAGCCAAUUAAACAACUUUUCCAUUUAUCAAUAUGGAUCGAUAUGAAUCAUAUGAAACUUGAAUCAA